AUGUCUAACCAAGGAGAAAGGAAGAAAGGCUCAAGAAAGAAGAAGGAUCCCGAUGCGCCAAAGAGAUCUCUUUCCGCGUACAUGUUUUUCGCCAAUGAAAACAGAGACAUUGUUCGAGCUGAGAACCCCGGCAUUUCCUUUGGCCAAGUUGGUAAGUUGUUGGGAGAGAAAUGGAAGGCCUUGAGCAGCGAGGACAAGGUUCCCUAUGAAAACAAGGCGGAAGCCGACAAGAAGAGAUAUGAAAAAGAAAAGGCUGAAUAUGCAAAAAAAAACUCAGUUUAG